AUGACGGCUCUACGGACGUGCAUGUCGCGGGCGAUGGCAGGGACGACAGCAUGCCGGGUGCGGUCGUGGUCCAUCGGCUCACGGCUACGGUUUGGGCGUGUCAUCUCGACGGCCGGACCAGCGGCCUUUACCACCUCGUCCGCAUCCUCGGUCGAGGUGGACGGCCGGACAUACCGGACAGACAGCUGGUUCAACGUGCCGGCCAACGUGCUGGCGGCGGCGUCGCGGCGGCUGUACCUGCAAAAGGACCACCCAGUGGCGAUCACGCGGCAGAUCAUCGAGGCACGGUUUCCGGCGCCCGAGUUCCGGGCCUACAGCGGGCUGCACCCGGUGGUGUCGACGUUUCAGAACUUUGACUCGCUCGGCUUCCCGGCCGACCAUCCGGGACGCGCGCGCUCGGACACGUACUACGUCAACGGCGAGACGCUGCUGCGGACGCACACGAGCGCGCACGAGCUCGAGACGUUCCGGGCCAGCGCGAGUCCCGGCUUUCUGCUGAGCGCCGACGUGUACCGCCGCGACGAGGUCGAUCGCACCCACUACCCCGUCUUCCACCAGAUGGAGGGCGCCCGCGUGUGGGACCGGGCGUCCGUGGACGGUGGCGAUCUCGCGGCCACCAUCCGUGGCGAUCUGGCCCGUCUUCCCCAGCACGACGUCGCCGUCGAAGACGCGAGUCCGCCCGAACAUCCGGAACGCAAUCCCCGCCAGACCGACGCGCAUUCGGCCGCCGAGGUGGCCGCUCUCGGUGCCCAUCUCAAGCGGUCGCUCGAGCUCAUGGUCGUCGACGUGUUCACGCGUGCGGCGCACGCCACCACCGCACCGACUGAACCUCUCCAGAUGCGCUGGGUCGAGGCAUACUUCCCCUUCACCAGCCCGUCGUGGGAGCUCGAAGUGCUCUGGCAGGGCAGCUGGCUCGAAGUGCUCGGCUGCGGUGUCUCGCGCCAGUCGAUCCUCCGCGCCGCCGGCGUGCCGUCGCAGAUCGGCUGGGCCUUUGGCAUCGGCCUCGACCGCAUCGCCAUGCUGCUCUUCCAGAUCCCCGACAUCCGCCUGUUCUGGUCGGCCGACCCGCGCUUCCUCGGCCAGUUUCACGGCGUGUCCGACAACCUCGAUCGCCUUCGUCGCUUCGUCCCCUUUUCCCGCUAUCCGGCCUGCUACAAGGACGUCUCCUUCUGGGAACCCGCUGCUGCUGCCCUCCACAACAACGACGUCAUGGAGCUGAUCCGCAGCGUCGCCGGCGACGUCGUCGAAGACGUCCGCCUGACCGAUCGCUUCGCUCAUCCCCGGACCGGUCGCCAGAGCCGCUGCUAUCGCAUCAACUACCGCAGCCUCGAACGCACCCUGACCAACGCCGAGACAAAUCGACUGCAUGCUGAUGUCCGCGAUGCCCUCGUCCAGCGUCUUGGCGUCCAGAUUCGCUAG